AACAUAUAUAAAACACAUAGGUUAAAAUGUGGAUGAUGGGUUAUAACGAAGGAGGUGCAGAUUCCUUCAACGGAGCAAGAAAGCUUCGUCCUCUCAUCCCACGCCUCUCUUCUUGUCCCACCGCCACCGCCGCAAACACUAACUCCGACCACCGCUUUAAUAUGGUGGUGACGAUGACGGCGGAGCAGAACAAGAGGGAGCUGAUGAUGCUAAACUCUGAACCUCAUCAUCCACCGGUAAUGGUGAGUUCACGGUGGAAUCCGACGCCGGAUCAAUUAAGGGUUCUUGAAGAGCUUUACCGACAAGGAACUAGAACUCCUUCGGCCGACCAUAUCCAACAAAUCACCGCGCAGCUACGACGUUACGGGAAGAUAGAAGGCAAAAACGUUUUCUAUUGGUUCCAAAACCACAAAGCCCGUGAACGUCAGAAACGGCGCCGACAGAUGGAAAAUGGACACGACGAAUCGGUCAUUACGACAACUAGUUCUGUCUCAAACCACGGAUUCGACAAGAAAGAACAACUAGGUUACAAUGUUGAACAGACCAAAAGCUGGAUAUGUUCGGUCGGAUGCGACACACAACCAGAGAAACCUCGUGACCAUCAUCAUCAGGAGGAUCCUGUCUCAAUAUCGAUGGUAGCAAAGAAGCGCAAUGGUCUUCAUCGAGGAGACGAGAGGCAAAGCUUUCCUGGGAGAAAUGGGACGUGGCAGAUGAUGCAGUUGCCACAUGGACCCUACCCUUCUUCACAACAUCAAUAUCAUCAUCAACUGAUUCUCAAUUCAACGACUGUUUUGUCCAACAUGUCCACUAGCAACAGCACUGUUCCCGCUGCUAAAGAUACGGUCGUCGUAGUUUCACCUUCAUUACUGAGAGCAAGAGCAGCAAUGAACACAGAGACAUGUCACGACAAUAAAGAUCAAGAACAACAUGAAGAUUGCUCUAACGAUGAAUCCGAUCAUCAAGAACAGACACUAGAGCUGUUUCCAUUGAGAAAAGAAGGGUUUUGUGGCAAUGGUGGCGAUGAUGAGAAAGGGAGAGAGAGUGGUAUUCACAGUUUCUAUGAGUUUCUUCCAUUGAAGAACUAACCCUAUUUUUUCCAAGAGCAACAUCUUCUUGUUUUAUUACUUAUUAGACAACUACAUCAAUUAAUCAAUCGAAUUAGAGC